UAAGAAGAUGAACACAAAAUAAACCAAUAUGGAGGAAGUCAAGGUACUAGGGUUCUGGGCAAGUCCAUAUCCUUACAGGGUUAUGUGGGCUCUGAAACUCAAGGGUGUCGAAUAUGAAUAUGUAGAAGAAGACAUAUUCAAUAAGAGUGACUUGCUUCUUCAGAGUAACCCAGUGCAUAAGAUGGUUCCAGUGUUUUUUCAUGGUGGAAAAAUAAUUGCAGAGUCCACUGUUAUUCUUGAGUACAUUGAAGAGACGUGGCCUCAGAACCCUCUGCUACCAAACGACCCUUAUGCAAGGGCCAUGGCUCGGUUUUGGAUGAAGUUCUUAGAUGACAAGAAGCCAAACCUUCUUGCGUUCUUUAGGAAAAUUGGAGAUGAGCAAGCAAAAGCAGUAAAAGACGCCCAAGAAAUUAUGACAAUCUUGGAACAGCAUAGCCUUGAGGAAAACAAGUUUUUCAACGGUGACGAGAUUGGAAUGACAGACUUAGCCUUCGGAUUGAUAACAUUCUGGCUUGAGGUCAUGGAAGAAGGAGCUGGUGUACAAGUGCUGGAAGUCAAUCGCUUCCCUCGCUUGCAGGCAUGGAUUAAAAAUUUCAAGGAAGUUCCCGUGAUUAAAGAAAAUCAUCCCGAUAAGAGCCGCCAGUUAGCCUAUAUGAAAGAACGAAGGGAGGUGCAUGUCAAGACAGCAACUUCUUGAUAUCCACACGAACCCCAUAAGAAUAAAAGUUCAAAGAUAAAUAAAUGUAAUAAGCUUCUAAACUUUUAGGAUUCGGCAAUGGGCCGGCUCGCUCAUAGCCACGGCCUAAAAUGGGUUUUGACCCAUUGAAUUUAGAUAGUUUAUUUUCAAUUCACAGAUCACGAGGCAAAUGAUGAUUAAAUGGGUAAUAUAGCCUCUAAACAAUGAUAUUAUAUGUAUCAACUUAUCACUAAUAGAAGUUAUAGAAUCCCAUAUUUUAUGCA